GCUGUCCCAGAACCACAACGUGUCCCAGAACUGCAACGUGUCCCAGAACUGCAACGUGUCCCAGAACCACAACACGUCCCAGAACCAGCGAAGAUAUCAGAAGCUGAGCCGAAAGCAGCAGAAGAUCCAGAGGUCACAGAAGCAGUCAAAGCACCAGAACCUGUGGCAGAACCAAUAAAAGUGCCAGAGACAAGAGCGGAGCAACCACCAGCACCAGAAGCAGUCCCUGAACCAACCAAAGAGCCAAAGUCUGUUCCAGAAUCAGUCACAGUAUCAGAACUUGUCUCUGAAGCUGUGUCAGGCCCAGAACCUGUUCUCGAACCAGAUGAAGCACAAGAAGCAGCAGCAGUGUCUGAACCCAUACCAGGCUUGGUACCGGGCCCAGAACAAGCUGCAGAACCUACCCCAGAGUCCAAACCUGUAGCAGAGCCCUUAUCAGAACCAGACAUGUCCCCUGAACUCGUAUCUGAACCCAAAACUGUCCCAGAACCUGUGACUGUCCCAGAACCUGUUACUGUCCCAGAACCUGUGACUGAUCCAGAACCUGUGCUCGUGUCUGAAGUGGCAGCCCAGAAACUCGCGACUGAACCUGAAGAACUGCUUGAGCAGAUGCCCGGACCCAAUGAAGGUCUGACAGAACCAUCGCACAAGCAGGAACCAGAACCAGAGACCAUCCUGGAUGAUGGUAAGUCUGCUAGCUGGACUGCAUUUCUACUCUUCUGUCUCUGUUCAGAGAGGUUUUGGUCUCAGUUGACCUCGGUGGACCACAUGAGUCCAGAACUGGUUUUAUUUCUUGGCCAAGGACUGCCAGGUGUCUAA